AUGGAAGAACUCCAGGCUCUUUCUCAACUCAUUCGUUCUCACAGAUAUGGAUACCUCAAGCCGCGACUCGUCAUGCCUCUGAGAAUCAACAACAUGUCACCAUGGACGUACAGAGUCUUGUACGAGCAGUACUUUAGCCACAUACCGAAACUACGCGUUCUCUGGACUCCUUCAGCUGUUACGUACAUGCUGUACAAGCCUGACAAGGAUGAUUACAUGAUCAAAGAGAUCUUUGGUGGCGACGUGACCGCAAAUCAGCAAGUCAUGGUUGUGUGGAAGCACGAGGUCCAUGGCGAAGCAAGAAUCUGGCGCCUCCUCGGGAUGCUUGAGUUGCCUUCCCACACAAGGGCGCACAGCUUCAUCAAUCAGCAUAUGCAGAAAAUAUCCAAGUCUUACGGUAUCCCGCUCAGGUAUUUGAACGAUGGGUCUCACCUCGAUCCAAGCCAGGUAGAAGCGCAGUCUGGAACAUCCAAAUCGGAGACGUUACACGAUUGA